AUGGCACUGGUAGAUAAAUCGUUGAAGCUGCUAAUAGCUAAACGUGAUAGAAUAUUCGCUCGCAUGCAAACUAUUGCCGAUAAAAUUAAAAACAUUGAUUCGCAAGAUUUCACUAGGGAAUCCUUCCUGUGUGACCUUGAAACAGUAGAUUCUUUGCGUACAGAUUUCGAAAGUGUGUUGGACGACAUUGCCGCCCUCGAGCAUAAACUAGGUGACGCUCCAGUACGCGUUGAUAGUAAGUCGACUGUAUCGUAUUGUUGUACCACGGACCCGUUGGACUCCGCUGUCCGUAAAUUCUGGGAAUUAGAGGAGGUGGAUGUUCCCUCCAUACUAAGCCCGGACACAUUGUGUGAGGAGUUUUAUACCCGCACUACCACUCGGGAUAGUGACGUACGUUACGUAGUUGCUUUACCUUUCAAGGGUGAAGUCGAAUCCCUUGGGAACUCGCGUCAAGUAAGUGAACGUCGGUUUUACUGCUUGGAAAGAAAAAUGCAGGCUUCUCCACGAUUGAAGGUUGCGUAUGACAGUGUCAUCCUCGAAUAUUUAGAAAAAGGUUACAUCUCACCUACAGAUUCUGUGUCUUCGGAAGUUUCGUACUUCAUUCCGCAUCAUGGUGUGAUCCGCGAUGACAAGAUCACUACCAAGCUUCGUGUCGUUCUCGAUGAUAUUCGUCAAAUGUUUCUCAGCAUCGGAAUCCGAGAAUCGGAUCGUCGUUUCCAACGCAUUUUGUAUCGUUUUUCGCCGAAAGAACCUUUAAAGGUUUAUGAGUUCAAUCGUGUCGUUUUUGGACUUAAGUCUAGUCCUUUUCAUGCUCUGCGCACUAUAAAGCAGUUGGCGGAGGAUGAGGGUGAUUCUUACCCUCAAGCUAAGGAAAUUGUAGCUACAGGUCUGUAUAUGGACGAUUUUGUCUAUUCCGUUUCCUCGGAAGACCAAGGCAUUUCCACCGCCUCAGAAAUGAUAGGUCUCAUGAAAGCUGGUCAAUUUGAAUUAGUCAAAUGGACCAGUAAUUCUCAAGUUGUACUAGAUUCGAUUCCUCCUUCUCAUCGCCUACCGGCUGUCAAAGAAUUUGACGAGUCUGACCAACAUAAAGUACUCGGCUUGUGUUGGUCACCUACUUCAGACCAUUUCAGCAUGAAGGUGAAUACUCCAGCUAAACAUUGUACCAAGCGCACAAUACUGUCGUGUGUCGCUAAAAUAUGGGAUGUCAUGGGAUUCGUCGCGCCUGUCGUCCUGUAUGCUAAACUUCUCAUCACACAGCUCUGGCUGUGUGAUUGUGACUGGGAUGAUACCCCACCUGAAGAUAUCGUCAGGCUGUGGACUCGCUUUAAAGAAGAGCUACCAGUGCUCAGUCGUAUAAAAAUCCCACAUCACCUAGGUAUUGUCGCCGAUAGUGUCGUCACUAUCUUAGCUUUCGCGGACGCUAGUGAAAAGGCAUAUGGUGGAGUUAUUUACUUCCAUGUUCAAAAUAGCGAUGUGUCCGAAGCACCUGAAGAGAAGAAACAUUCGUUGUUUGCCACACCAAAUUUCGUCUUGGAGUAA